UUUCACACAAAAGUCAAAACAAAACUACAGAGGUACCUACAGAGUUUUUUUGCUUUUUAAUUGAUUAUAAUAUAAUGAGAACAUUAACCUAACGUUAUGAACAGUUUUUGAAACAAUAAAUCCUACUUACCGAUUAUUAUUCCCUCCCUCCAGUGAACUGCUUCUAUAUUCAGGUAAUAAUGGAUAACCCCGAGUCUCCCAUUCCCGAGGCGGACGGAGAAUUCGCUUUCGAAACUGAUCCCCUAGCACUAAGAAGUAACACAGAUUACUGUGAUUUAUUAAAAUAUAUCGUGAAGCUUGAGGCACAAAAAAUGCAGGCCCUGAAAGACAUUGAAGAAAUUUCCCAUGCCGAGAGCAAAGCUUUAGAAGAUCCUCUAGGGUUUGUAGACAGUUUAAAGAGUGGAAAUGUUAAUUUUCCGCCGCGCCAAGAUGUCGACGAUUUACCUAAAAUAGAAUGGAGUAAAUACAAUAUUGAUACUUCACCGAGCAAAAAUAAUUCAUUGGACACUAAAUUGACAAAAGAAGAAUUUGACUAUAGCAUUAAAGUUAGAGGCCGGAUCUUUAAUAAUAGUAAACCUGAUACGUUUAACCAAUUGUGGUCCUGUGAGGAACAGAAAAGGCUGGAGGAAUUGUUAGAAAUGUACCCAGAGGAACCCGUCGAGUUGAGAAGGUAUAAAAAAAUUUCUGAAGCUCUCGGAACUCGAACUCCAAUGCAAGUAGCGAGCAGAAUCCAGAAAUAUUUUGCAAAACUUGCUAAAGCUGGCAUGCCGAUUCCUGGCAGAGCGCCUAAAAAUGUAGCGCGAGACAGGAGUAAAUCAAUGUUUUACAAAAAAUCUACUUUCUUUCCUCAACUUCACGUGCCAGUUAAAAUGGAAGAUCCCUAUGACAGCGAACCCCAAAGUAGUUCAUGUUUGGAUACCAAGAUUGAAAGCAAGGAUGUUAUAGAAAUGCUCAAAGCAGCAAAGGAGCAGCGUAUGCUGGAUGAGCAAUGUCCAGUGUACCAGUCGAAGACCAUGUGUGUUGGGUGUCAAAAGAUAGGAUUUUUGGGGGCCCGAUGGACAGACAAUGCUGGUACAGACUACUGCACUGAUUGUAUUGUUAAGCUCAUGCCAACUGAAAGACUAAUUCCUAUUCGACAACCUUUAUAAGCAAAAACUACUAAA